AUGGGCAAGGACGACGAGAAGCUCCUCCACAUCAACGUUGUCGUUAUCGGCCACGUCGAUUCUGGCAAGUCUACCACCACUGGUCACUUGAUCUACAAGUGCGGUGGAAUUGACGAGCGUACCAUCGAGAAGUUCGAGAAGGAAGCCACCGAACUCGGAAAGGGCUCCUUCAAGUAUGCCUGGGUUCUUGACAAGCUCAAGGCCGAGCGUGAGCGUGGUAUCACCAUUGAUAUCGCCCUCUGGAAGUUCGAGACCAAGAAGUACCAGGUCACCGUCAUUGACGCUCCCGGUCACCGUGAUUUCAUCAAGAACAUGAUUACUGGUACUUCUCAGGCCGAUUGCGCUAUCCUCAUCAUCGCUGCCGGUACUGGUGAGUUCGAGGCUGGUAUCUCCAAGGAUGGCCAGACUCGUGAGCACGCUCUGCUUGCCAACACCCUCGGUGUCAAGCAGCUCAUUGUUGCCGUCAACAAGAUGGACACCGCCAAGUGGUCUGAGACCCGUCUCCAGGAAAUUGUCAAGGAGACCUCCAGCUUCAUCAAGAAGGUCGGCUUCAACCCCGACACUGUCCCCUUCGUCCCCAUCUCCGGUUUCCACGGCGACAACAUGGUUCUGCCCACCGAGAACAUGCCCUGGUACACCGGCUGGACCAAGACGUCCAAGGCUACCGGCAAGACCGUCACUGGCAAGACCCUCCUGCAGGCCAUCGACGCCAUUGAGCCCCCAGAGCGUCCCACCAACAAGCCCCUCCGCCUUCCCCUCCAGGAUGUUUACAAGAUCGGUGGUAUCGGAACUGUGCCUGUCGGCCGUGUCGAGACUGGUAUCAUCAAGCCCGGCAUGGUCGUCACCUUUGCCCCCUCCAUGGUCAGCACUGAAGUCAAGUCCGUCGAGAUGCACCACGAGCAGCUGGCUCAGGGUGUUCCCGGUGACAACGUCGGCUUCAACGUGAAGAACGUUUCCGUCAAGGAAAUCCGUCGUGGUAACGUCGCUGGUGACUCCAAGAACGACCCCCCCGCCGGCGCUGCUUCCUUCAACGCCCAGGUCAUUGUCAUCAACCACCCUGGCCAGAUUUCCAACGGUUACGCCCCCGUUCUUGACUGCCACACUGCUCACAUCGCCUGCAAGUUCUCCGAGAUUCUUGAGAAGAUCGAUCGCCGUACCAACAAGGUCACUGAGACCAACCCCAAGUUCAUCAAGUCUGGUGACUCCGCCCUGGUCAAGAUGGUUCCUUCCAAGCCCCUGUGCGUUGAGACUUUCAGCGAGUACCCCCCUCUGGGCCGUUUCGCCGUCCGUGACAUGCGUCAGACCGUCGCUGUCGGUGUCAUCAAGGCUGUCGAGAAGGCCGUCGCCACCGGCAAGGUCACCAAGUCUGCUGCCAAGGCUGUCGGCAAGAAAUAA